AAGAGCUUAGGUGUACAAAUACACGUAUGUAUUUCCAUCCAUGGGAUCUUUACAACAUCUGCCAUUAUAAUUCAGCAGCCAUGUUGGAAUAAAGGCGAAUUUAGAGUCAAUUCUAAACGAUAGUACAUGUUGAUGUCUGCUCUGAGCUAAGAUGGCGAAGCCAAACGUCCCGGUUGAGGACACAUGCACUGAGUAUCUAACCGACUUCAAUGUCGAUGAAGCCCGCUCUGUAACGUCAGCAGCUCAACCGUUUCAGAAACAGUCAACAAGUUUGGACGAACACACUCAUCAACUUCAAGAAAUGAUCAGAAAGUUGGAGAAAGUUGGGGAAAUCACGCAAGAGGAGAUUCACGCUCUACGGACAAAAACGGAAGCUUUACAGGAGGAGAUUCGAGAGGUCAAAGAAAGCUUUGUAACUGCUAAGACAAAACAAGAAGAGGCAGAGGCAGCUGCUUUGGAUAUGGAGAAGAAAAGAGAAGAAAUAAAAUCAGAGAAAACUGUUCUCCAAAAUCAAGUUGAGCAGCUCAUCAUCGCACAGAAAAACGAUGAGCAGAAUAGGGCAUCGGUCAAGAAAUCCUACAACAAAAUGAUCGUGGAUUUACGGGGGGUAUGUACGUCCCAGAACAGUAAAUUAACAAUGAUGGAAGAGAGGUUGCAGGAGGUCGAAGAAGAAAAUCGUCAGCUCAAGUCGAAGAAUAACUUCUUAGAGGAGACUCUUUUUGCUGUCGCUUCGAAGUCGGAUGAGAGCAACCAGUUGUUGUGUUUCUCGUGUAAGCAACCCUACUCAGCUGAUUCGGUUAUUGAGACCGAAUGCCGGUUCCAUCCCCUGCCGGGGCUCCCGCCAAACUCGUGGCAUCGUUGGAGACCGGGACCAGGUGAAGAAUUCCGCAAGACAAAGUACAAGAGUCAUGUCUACUGGCCCUGCUGUAAUACCCUCUCGAUGAGACGCCCAGGCGGGUGUUGCAAAGGGCAGCAUCAUCAGAAAUGGGAGAUGGAUGUGGUGAUGAAGAGGGUCAUGUUGUCGCAAGAAACUCUCGAAGAGAUGAGUCGGAUGGAAGAUACCCGAAUUAUCUGAAAACUAGUCACGCUAUUGAAUGAAAUAUUAGAAGGAAUAGUUCGAAUGGAACGUACCAGAACUUUAAUCUAGUGUCACGCUAUUGCUGGUAAUACGAGAAAGGGCUAUUCCAAAAGACCUGGGCCGAAUUUCAUUUAGCUGCUUAAGCGCAACAAGCAGCCAAGCACAACAAAACUUAACCAGAUUAAUUUAUAAACAAACAGAAAUGUAUACAUGUCACAUGUACAAUUUGGGACUGGUAUCCUGCUCAUUUCUGCUAAGCAGAAAAUUCCUAGCCAAUAUUGUCUGCUUAAAUUCUUCAUGCCUUCACACUAUUUCAAUUCUUGUCGACAUAUGCUCUCUGUAUCCUUGGCAAUUAUUCUUGCAGAAAGCAAAUACCUGAUCGGAUGACAGUGCUUUUUAAGUGUAUCACUUCUCACAUUACAUGACAUUGAAUUUUCUGACAGCAGGCUUGUGGAAAAUGUAGACUGUUACGGUUCACGAUGCAUGGGGAGACACAGUUUCUCUUACGUUCCUCAAAGACAUUGGCAAUUUUUAUGAUUUUAUUUAUUUAUUCUUUAUUUUUUUAUGGGUAAAAAUCAGCCCAGCAUAAAAUAUGUUUCCCACCGAUGCCAAGUCGAACCACUAAAGUUCUCAAAACAAAAAAUACAGUUUAUUUUUCUACUGAAGACGAGAAGAGUAUACUGUACGAAACGUCGAGACCAUACCGCUCCCACAUAAAGAGAUCUACACAUGAUUGGACCUGCAAGUUUACUAACUAUGUAUAGCUCAAUUGGUCGUCGAAGUUGCGAGAUAAUAAUGAAAGAAAAAA